AGCACGCCUCCAAUGAAGCACCGCUUAGUGAUUUCCAUCAUACGAAGUCAGUCCGCCUCCCAUCAGGCCCAGGACCGCCUCCAGCCCAUCUCCAUAUUUAAUGAAUUCCAGUAUGACAACCCUCCCAUCAGGCCCAAGACCGCCUCCAACCCAUCUCCGCAUAUAGUAAAGACGCAUCAUCUAGUCGGAUCACCUCCUAUUCGCGUCCGAGGCGGCCCGCCACAUCAUUAGGACCGCAAAGUCUUAGCCUGCUUCAUAUAUGGUCUCCCCCCGCCUCGCGUCAAAUGGACCGCCUAGAUUCAUCACGCUUCAAACUUGCCCGGCCCGCUCCACAUCCAUUGAGCUUCAGCAGCCCUUAAAUUAAAAAUGCCUCCGUUGGGUUUCGAAUGCGCAACCUGAAUAUAACAAACAAGGGCGUCUACUAGUGAGCUAAUGCAUCUUUGUGAAACCAUCUUGCAACACACAAAGUUUGAGCACUUCUCUGCCGCCGUCUACAAACAAGCAAAAUAUAUUUAUCAACAAUAUAUCUCACAAAUGCUAUACCAUGAAGAGGCUCAUUACAAACAUACUAAACCUGCAAUGUAAUAUGUUCUAAAUAAAUUGGACAAAAGUCAAUCACUUAUUUCAUGGAUAUAUGAAGACUCACGCCUUCCACCUCCAGGCAAUACUCGAAGACCGCCUCCGAGCGAUGCUCCCUCUAGGGAAUGCAUCCCGCUUCCGAGCGAUGCUUCCUCCGGGGACGACUCAUGUCUUCCGCCUCCGACCGAUGCUCCCUAUAGGGAAUGUUUCCCGCCUCCAAGCGAUACUCCCUUUUAGGAAUGAUUCUCGCCUCUGAGCGAUGCUCCCUCUUGGGAAUGCUUCCCGCCUCGGAGCGAUGCUCCCUUUAGAGAAUGUUUUUCGCCUCCAAGCAAUGCACCCUUCGGGAAUGAUUCAUACCUUCGACCUCCGGGCAAAUCACGAAGACCGCCUUCAGACUUCCAGAAAGUCAAAAUACUUAGGCGUUUCCCAGGAAGCCGAAGACUUGAGCGCUUCCGAGGAAGCGUGGAGCAAUGUGCUUCCCAGGAAGCGAAGGAGCAAUGCGCUUCCCAGGAAGCGUGGAGCAAUUCCCUUUCCAGGAAGCGAAGGAGAAAUGCGCUUUCCAGGAAGUCGUAGGACUAAUGCGCUUCCUCAAAGGCCGAAGACUUAAGUGCUUCUCAGAAAGCUGAAGUGUUGAUGUGACUUGAAUCGGACUAUCAGCCGCUACGGCUGGUAAUCGGGGGUCUCGCUGUAAUCUGUUUAGACCCACAUGGAGAAGUACUAUAAAUACUUCUCAUACUCCUCUGUAAUUUGUAAUCUCCUUGAUAUAGUGAAACUGGCUCUCUCUCGCCCGUGGACGUAGCUAACACACAUCGUGUUAGUGAACCACGUAAAUCGUGUGUCGUGUUUUCGAUUCUCAAUUUCGUAUUCUUGCUUUGUCGAUUCCUGCGAUUUCCUGAUCCGUAGCAACACGUUUAUAACAUGAAGGAUGAAAGAGCUUCCUAGGAAGCCAAAGGACUAAUGCGCUUCCCAGGAAGUGAAGGAGCAAUGCACUUCUCAGGAAGCAAAGGAGCAAUGUGCUUCCCAGGAAGCCAAAGGACUAAUGCGCUUCCCAGGAGGUGAAGGAGAAAUGUGUUUCCCAGGAAGCAAAGUAGCAAUGCGCUUCGCAUGAAUCCGAAGGACUAAUGCGCUUCCCCGAAAGCCAAAGACUUAAGCGCUUCCCAGAAAGCCGAAGGACGAAAGAGCUUCCCAGGAAGCCGAAGGACCGAUGCGCUUCCCAGGAAGCUGAAAUACUAAAGCGCUUCCCAGGAAUUCGAAGGACUAAUGCGCUUCCCAGGAAGCGGAAGGAUACAAUGCCUCUCGCUAGGCUAAAAGUAAGAACCAACAUGCUAGAAGACGAACCGUCUCCUAAUAGGGGCAACAUCAAUAAGAAGAUAAUAGUUGAUCUUUCCUCACACAAUCAAGACAUUGACAAGACACAUGAGCUCCAGACACAUAUGGGCGCGACAUUGGUGAGACACAAGAGUGUCUUAAGUUAAAACUCUCAAGCCGUGGGGCCACCCUACCUAGCUCAUAGUUAGGGCUUGCUAGCGCUAACAACAAUAGACUAGCGAAGGAACUCUUAACGAAUUGAGAGAUUUAGUUCAAGACAUCGAAAGCUAAGCAAGGGGCAAAAGAAAGGAUCACUCAACUCGCACAAGGGGCAAAGCGCAUCAUCCGGAUUCGCAAGUAAGGCAAAUUAAUACACGAUUAACGCAUUA